AUGGCGAUCUUCGAGAAAGGAGCAAGUUGUGGUAAACACAUGACAUCACCAUGGGAUGAGAAGCCUGAAAAAAACCAUCAGGCCUUAAUGGACGAAAAUCGAUCACCGCCUUUCAAAUUAUCCUCAGAAACAUCCAUGGGCAAUCGAGACCACCCAAUCACACCAUUAUUCCUUCUCCUCUGUAUAACCACAGAUGCACAUAGCAACAAGACUAUAGCCGCAAACAUAGGCAGCAAAAUUGGCGUUUGCCCCUUCUUCCAACUCCUCCACACAGAUUCCGAACAAACCAUGCCAUCAAAACUACCCAUGGAAUUAUUCAGCUUCCAUAUCUCAAUCCCAUUGAGAAUACCAUCAACUGCUCGUGGCAAACUCAUGUUCGAAGGGCCCACGCUCACGACCAGAUCCCCAGAAUUUUCAGCACCGACCACAAAAUCAGCAUAA